AUGGAAGACCCUCUUUCCCGGGGGGAAACCCCAAAGAAUAAGAAAAAGCGGAACCCAAGCUUCCGCCGAUAUCUACGAGACCAUGGAAUUGAUGUCCCUUCGCUUGUGCAGGGAGUACGUGACCCUGCGCUUCCCCUAAAGCGCAAGCGUAAUCAUCGCCGCUAUAGGCAAAAGAAGGCGAAGAAGAUAGAGACAGAAGCUGCCGCGGCUACCCAAAAGAAUGAGGUAGCUGAAUCUGCCGACUCUUCGGCUAUCGCGAAGAGAAGUUUCUGCCUCAUCUCGCCAGUUACAGCGCCCUCGCCUGCCGCUCCCUCACAUGCCACGCCCUCGCCUUCCAAGCCCUCGCCCUCGCCUGCUGUCACUUCGCCUGAAAAUGUGACAUUGCCCAUCCGAGGGCUUCGAAAUCCCUAUAACUAA